UUGAAUUGUUGAAUGUUUUGUUCAGGUGUUGAAAACUCAUAAAUAAUUUACAGAGUGUUUCCAUUUACGAUGAUAACAAGCUGACGGAGAAUUGUGCUAUUUUAACUAAAUAUAAGAUAUAUUGCAAUCAAAAUAAUCAACAAUGCUAAUUUUUCCAAAACAAAUAAAACUCAUCACCUUGAAAUUUGUGGUUCUCAUAUCCGUCAAGUUGGUUGUUACACAAUCUGUGAACUGUCCCUGUGAAUCUCAAUCUUUGUGUCGGAUAAAUAAUUUUACUAACCAUCGAGAGGUUACUGUCAUAACAGAAAAGAAAUCUGACUUUAAGAAAUGGACCUGGGAAGGAAUACACAACGUUAUUCAUGUAGUCAAUGGUACAGAUAGUGAGGAUGAGGCAGAUCUUAUGUGUUAUACACAUAGCAAGAAAGCUAACUAUGGAAUUCUAGUAAAAAUGCCGUACAGUGCUGAGAUGACAAAAUCUGAUUUUGACACAUGGGUUAAUAACUCUAUUAAACGUGCGAAGAAAAUGUAUGCCGAAAUAAUAGCGGUGGACUUGUUAAAUAUUGUCGGCAACUGUCACAUGGAUGAGAAACAUGCACAAAUAGCCUUUAACUUUACCAAUGCCUUUGCCGAUAGGGUUCACUUUUAUAAUAGAAAGUUGUCAUGCAUAUUGCCAUGGAAACCACCAUGUUUUGGCUCAAAUUGUGAUUUGACUUCACAAUUGAUUAAAAAUGGAACUUGUGACACCAUAAUGACAAGUCCAGACAGCUUUAUUACAGAUUGUGAUAAACCCUGCAGGGCAAAAGCUACUAUGCCAAUCAGUAAUGUAGUCAUAGGAACAGAUGAAUAUUUGUACCAUUCAAAAGUACCUGUCUCCAUGUUCUACAUGGGUGUGCCUUGGCAUGGAUAUGAUUAUAAGUGUUCUAAAUACUUAGGUAAUGAUGAAGAUGUUUGUAUGUUACCACAGAAGAAUAACUCUGCGACUUGUGAUUUUCAAUCAAGGAAGAAAAUGACCUUUUAUGACCUUGAUACAAUAUACCACAAUUAUUAUGAAAAGAAUAACAUAUGGAGUAAACUCUACAAUUCUAAUUAUUUCAAUGUUAAUGUUACAAAUGGUGGAGCACAUCAAAUCUGGUAUGAUUCUGACUUAAGUUUGUAUGAAAAAUACAAGUUUGCCCUUGACAUGAAACUCAGAGGUGUUGUGAUAUGGACUGUGGAUGACCUUGUGAACUAUGACCAAGGUGAUGCUCAAGAAUGGCAUUGGUUAAUGCAUAAUAUGAUGGUCACUGGUGAACAUAAAGAGGGAGCAGAUAUGUCAAUGGCUUUGAAAGCCAUGGCCAUUGGCGUCGGAUGCUUUAUUGGAGGAACAAUAAUUGGAGCCAUAAUAACAACAAUAAUAGCCAAGAAACAGAUGAAGUUGAUGAACAGAAGAUAUCAGCCUCCAUUCCAAAAAGACGAGGAUGAUGAAACUGCAAACUUUCAUGAAGACGAUAGAUAUUUGUGAUAAUAAAAUUUUAAUCAAUGUCAAUUGAAACAAAAUCAACCAAUUAUUUCUUAAGUUCUCCCUUGUCUGUUCAAGAAUUGACUUCAUUUUUCUUUUUAUUUGCUUUAGAAAAUCAACAAUGUUUGAAAUUGUCUUGUGGGUUUAAGAUGCACUUUUGACAAUGUAUUUUUUGUCAAGAUCAGUCCUCGUAUACAAAUAUUUUCACUAAGUCUGAGAUGUAAAUGUUGUUAUGUGUAUUCGCCAAAUCAUAUGUUGAUAUAAUUUCAAUUUUGUGAUAUUUUUUACUGUAAAAUCUUUAUGGACAAUUUUUGAAGUGUUUUAUAGAUUUUUUUACAAGAAAUGAAGGUUGUGAACAGAUUUUUUAUCAGACAAUAUGUUUAUUUUAAGAUAUUUUGUUUGGUUGUGAUUUAAUGCCAUGAUGAAAUAUGUUUAAAUUGAACUCUUUGUUAACAGGAAACAUUUCUUAGUAGAAUCUUAUCUAAACUGGAUAUCUGUCUAAUUUGAAACCUCCAUGACUGGAAAUCUGUCAGGAAAAUUGAUAAAAGUUCUUUUAACAGCAAUUGAAUCUGUAAACUAACCUGUCUAUUCAAUAAAAAUAUCUAGUCCUGAAGACCCUGGUUUAAAAAAUGUAUAAUUCUGAUCAUUUUGUAAUUUUAGCACAAAGACCAUGAUAUUAGAUUGCUUAUUAAGAGCUUUUUUAACUGGAUAUAAAUCUGAUUUCAUUUUUUUUUAGCAUAAUGAUUUUGAGAUUUAAUUGCUUAUUGAGAGCUUGAAGUUACAAGUUUAGCCAUACAUUAUUCAUCUUUUUUUAGAAUUGGGAAGAUUAUAAAUAUGCUUAAGGAAUCAUCAUAAUACAAAAUUUCUUUAUACAUUUAAAUGCCAAUUUCAAGAUUUGAUGAAUAUAAUAAACUAAACUAUUCCAAUAGAAUCCAUAUACAGUGGUAAUACAAAAUAUCUAUCAAUGUUGAAGAUGAAUUUACCUUGAAUAUAAUGCUUUGUUGUGUAUUUAAACAUAAUGUUAUAAGAAAUAUUUGUACUAAGAUGAUAUUUUCCCUUUUAUAUACAUGUAUAUGAUAAAAUUCUGGUUAGUAAACUAUCUUUUAAAUUUUUAAUGUUCAGAUGUUGUUUGCUAUAUUCAUUUUGUUAUACAGUGAAAUAUUUAAUAUUUUGUAAAGAAAACUUAACGUUAUGAAAAAAUGUUCAGGUUCCUGUUCGAUCAUGUUGAUAACAGAGUUAUAAAAUGAAGCCACAAUAAUAAUUCUGAAAAUUUAAAAAUUAUUAAUGUAUAGAGCCAUAAUCCAUAUUCACAGUUUUACACAUUAUUAUCAUGAUUAUUACACUAAGUUUGGUAUGUACAUUAUAUAUUUGUAUAGGGAUGGGCACGGAUGAUGUAGAGGCAUAUUAAAUUAAGACUAAAGAUGGUGUUUGUUUUUUUAAAUACCAAUUGAAGAAAUGUACAAAAAUAGUAUAAGGCCAGUUACUUGCAUAUGAUGAUUACUAUAGCUUACUAUGAUAUAUUUCUACAUAUAUACAUAUAUAUAUAUUUUGGAAAUUUUUGUAUGUUUAUUGUAAAUUAUGCCAUUUAGAUUGAGGAGAUGUUAAAAAAUGUGUACUUAUGAAAUUUUACAUGAUUUAUAAUGUUUAAAACUCUGAAAUUUUUCCUUUUAAUUUAGAUUUAUCUCAAAUUAUGUCCUUUAAUGGCUGUUCCAUUUAAAUGGAUGUAUUAGGGUAGGAAAGGAAGUUUUAUAAUUAGGGUCAUGGGUCAUUUAUGAUUUUAGUCCAUUUGAUGUAUGCAAAAUUAUACAAAGAAUGUAUGUUGGUUGUGGGGUGAUGUGUCAGUCAAUUCCUUCCCUCCAAAUAGAUAUAAGAAGAUGUGAUAUGAGUGCCAAUGAGACAACUCUCCAACCAAGUCAAAAUUUAUAAAAGUAAACCAUUAUAGGUCAAAGUACGGUCUUCAACACGGAGCCUUGGCUCACACCUAACAGUAAGCUAUAAAGGGCCCCAAAAAUUACUAGUGUAAAACCAUUCAAACGGGGAAACCAACGGUCUAAGCCUAUUUUAAUUGAAUAGACCUUACAGACAAAUUUAUAAUAUUUUUUUAAGUAUUUUUUAUCAAAAUAAAGGUGAAAGUGUAUUUUAUUUGUUCAUCUGUGUCUUAAUUUUGUAUAUCUGUUUCAAUAAUGUGGAUAUUGACACUUAUAGACCAACACCAUUUUUUUAGGUUCUUAGGAAAUCACACAUUUGAUUUCCAAUGUUCUAGUUCUUAAUUUUAAAAUUUCAGUUUGAUAGUGUUAAAACUUAAGAAAUAGUCUUGAGCAGAUAGAAAAGUUCACUGUACAAAAUGUCUUCAAUCCAUCUAGUGUUAAAUUUUUAAAGAACUUGUUUGUUCACAAAAGUGUAAUCCACAAAUAUCCUAUCUGUGUGUAGUGUUUGAAUUGUAGUUUUACAUUUUUAUAUCUGCUUUACAUUGUUUGUUAAUAAUCUGUAAAUAUUGUUGUUUAAUUUGUAUGAAUCAUUUUUACUUCAAGCAUAACUCUUUUAAGACAUUGCAGAUGGACUUUUAUGUUGAUUUUGUUUUUUAAAUUCCAUUUACCUGGUAAUUCUGAAUAAAAGGGUAAGACAGAAAUUGAACAAAAAUCCCAUGGAGAUGGGUGGUAGGAGGGGGGUGUCAGACCAAAUUCCUGAAGAAAUAAAACAUUCUUUCCCAGAUCCCGAAAAAGUAAUCAUAAAUUCCCGAGUCUGGAUAAGUGUAAAUUCCGAAUUCCCGCAAAAAUAAAGGCCCAAUCCUGAAUUCCCACAAUAAUGAAGGCCAAAUCCUGACGUCCCGAAAAAGGUCCUUCCGCCCCUCCAUAGAAUAUAAAAUUAUAUUUUGUUUUGUUCUGUCUGAAUAUUUCAAAUAAAAUGCCUUUUAAUAAAGAAGAAAAUCUUACUUCUGUUAUAACAUUUCUGUAGAAGAUUUAUAGGGAUAUAAGUGUACCAAAAUUUUAUUUCUUACCUCAAAUUACAAAUAUUCAUGAAAUUUGUCCAUUCUAUAUUUUUUAUAUAUUAUGGUUUUUUUUCUUAGAUAAAUCAUUAUUUGUAAAUUAAGUGGUUAUUUAAGUACCGUAUCUAUUUUAGUACCUACUUUCUCAAGAAAGCAUUUUUUUUUAUAUAAGAGUUGAGUCUUUUUAUAAGAUGUUUGUUUCUAAAUGAAGUGGAGGUUGAGACAGAGCCUACUGUACUAAAUAUUCCCCAUCAUCUGAGCUAACACAUAUUGUUUAUCUUGAUUCCACUUGCUAAAAGGAGAGCGGGCCUGUUGUAUGUGCAUAUAAUCAUAAAUAGGUUUAUGAUAGAAUAUGUUUCAGUAAAAAAUGUUUUACUUUACAUAAGUAUUAAAAUCAGAGCAUAUAGUUCAAAAAUAAUUUUAUUGCACGAGGAAAUGUAAAAAAAGUUGAACAAUUUACUCAAGGGUUAUUUUUUAACGUUUGUAGUUUCACUUCCUAAGAACAUCCUCGCACCAGAGUCACAUGAAGGGUGAGAACAAAAAUCUUAAAUACUAUAAUGAUUACAACUUCAUUUUCUUGGCAUGUAAAAGUUUUUCUAUUUACUCACCCAUCUACCACAAAAUAAAAUAUUCAUUUAGGGGGGUAAAUGGUAUUAUGUAUAUAGACAGUACAUGUUUUUAGAUUUUGUUUGUUUGUUGGUUCAUUCAUUGUGUAUGCUUGGCCAUGCAGUGCUUUAGUAUUGAUUAUUUGGACAAAGGGAAGUAUUCAUUCAAUACAAUAUAGAUCUUCAAAUUUGUAAAAAUUAUUUAUUUUGUUGUUGCAAUUUUUGCCUUUGUACUAAAUCUAAAUAAUUUUAUAUUUUCUAUUUUAAUUUGUACAAUCAUUCUUAAUUUGUGAUUUUAAACAUUCCAUGCUUUUAUGUAAUUCCAGUCUAAAUUGGAUUAACCCAUUUUUAGAAUCAUUAAAAAGCUUAAAUAAAUUACAAAUUCUAUUAUUUUUGAUCUCACAAUUGAUAGGGCAAAGAAGUUAUGUCAGAUAAUUGAACACAUUUAUCUCACAUUAUUUUUUUUUUUCAUUUUUAAGAGUGAUCUCUCAUUUUAGGGCCUUUUUUUAAAAGGUCAAAUGGGGAUACAUAAGGUGGUCCACAAAAAUUGAUUUUUUUGACAUGUUAAAAUUAAACAAGAUAUAUCCAAAUAACUCAAAAAAUUUUAAUGUUGAUAUUUCAUGCAGACGACACAUUAUUGAUCCCAAAUAUGCAUAACUGUUUGACAUAAUCAUGUGACUUGUUGUUUAGAAUGAGAUUGAACCUGGAAAAGACGUACUUACCCAAAACUUCAAUAUUUACAAUUAUCCAUUAAUAUUCAUUUGUAAAGACAUGGUUGUGAUGUGAAAUGAUUUUUAUACCCUUUUUGUAUGGUUUAUACCAAGAUCACCAGGAUGUGAAACAUUAAGUUUAUUUUUGUUUGUGAUUUUAUCUUUUUUUAUAUAAAUGUGUGAGUAAUUUUAUGUGUUUCAUAUUUAUAAAACAGACACAUAUGAUUGUACCUGGCUAAAUGCAAAUUUCUAUUAUUAAACCAUUGUGUAUGUAUAUAACUUCAGAAUGUUUAUGUAAUUAUAUGUAUUUACUUACAUGAAACAGACACAAGUGAUUUGUGCCUUGCUUACUGUAAUGCAGAUUCUAUUAGCAAAACUAUUGUCUUUGUAUAUAACUUUAGAAUGCCAAAUUUAGUUUUUUUUUUUUUUUUAAGUGUUGUCAUGGUCUUGUGAACUUUUUUGUUUCAUAUUGAUGGAAAGCAAUUCUUUGUUAAAGUUAUACAUCAGUUCUCAUGUUAAGCACUUUAUAUCUGACUUGAUUAGUGUAUCAUUUCUUGGGUAUUAGCAUAAUCAGUGUAAAUUAAGGAAGUUCGCUUGUCAUGUUUUGGAAUUUUUGUCAGUUUUUUGGAAUCCUCUGGUUUUAUCUAUUUGAAUGCCUUAAAAAAAAAUUUGCCCAUUGACCCCCCAUUUUUUUUUUUUUAAAUCUUUAACAUGCAUAAUUUUAAGCCAUCUGUAAAAGUCCUAUAAAAUCUUAAUUAUUUUUUAAUAGUUUUUGAGAACUUUAACUUGUCAAUGAUAAAGCUAUGAAAAAUCAAGAGAGAAUAUUUUCCUGCCAAAAUUUCAAUGGCUCAUAUCUUGAAAACAAGCAAGCACACAGACCCUUCAUUUUUUUCUGCUUUUUUACAUCCUUUAUUUAUAUACUAUCAAUUUAUGACAGUCUUUAAAAAAGCUUGUUAUUUUGAAACAGAGUAGCAAACAUCCUUAAGCACUUUAUAUCUGACUUGAUUAGUGUAUCAUUUCUUGGGUAUUAGCAUAGUCAGUGUAAAUAAACAGUUUUGAUGUGAUAUGGAGUUUUUGUGUUUUUGUUUAUUCAUAGAAAUAAGGAGUAUCAUGUUCUCAUUUAAAUUAGUCAAUAUUAAAUGUACCAGUAAUUCCUAUCUGAAGUAGAUAAAGACAUUUUGAGAAUUAUUACAAAGCUAAAAUAAGUUAAAAAAAACUUUUGAUUUCAGAGUUGUUAGGGUAAAGAAAAUAGUGAUAAUGAUAUUAUAAAUUCAACACACUUUUUUAGCAUUGUUUUUUUCUUCAUUUUUAAGACAUCACUCUUUCUGAAAAAGAUCAUUUGUAUAUUUGCGCUGUUUUGCAUCAAUAAUUUUUAAGGUAAUAAAUUAUUUUGAAACUUUCUUAUGAUAAACCAGUUAUAAAGAAGCAGGUAUGAUUAGGCCAAUCUCUUUCCCUAAAACUUAGAACACAUAAAUUUAGGGUAAAUGCGGGCAAAAGGUUAAGCUUUAUAAAAUUUGAAUUGUUGAAAAAUCAGUCAAACCUGGGAGUACGUUUUUAUUAAUUAGAAAAACUAAUUAGAGAAUAUGGAUACUUUAUUAAUAAUUUUUGUGAUUUUACUUUUUAUUAUGACCUAAGAAUUUUCUUUGUUCCAAAUUUUCCUAGAAAUCUGAUUUCUGGGAGCUUUGUCUUCUAGAAAUUAACUGCAGACCAAAGAAAUAUUAUAUUAAAAAAUGUAAAAUCCAAAAUCAAAAUUUUAGUAUAUCAAUAGCUGCUUUUAUAGUAUAUAUGUAUAGAUCAUUCUAGGAAAAACUUAUUGUUCUAGUCAACACAGGAUCAGCCUCUAAAAAUGUGUCCUAGUGUUUGUAGUAAUUCCUCCAAGGAAUUUUUAUUUUGUAAUACAGUAUACCUUAUCGCUAUUUGUCUGCCAUUACUGGACAUCGCAAAGGUUCCUGUAAAAUUUUGACAUCACAAUAGGAAAUAUCUUACUCCACAAUGGAAAAUAGAUGUAUGACGUCAAAAGUUCAACUGGCGCAGUUUCACGGGUCAAGCGGAACAGAUCUCCAAAUAGAGAUAAGGUGUAUCAGAGACAUAUUUACAUGUCUCUGUUGUAAUUUGAUAAAAUUUUGUUCAGAUAAUCCAGUGAAGGAAUUUAUUGAUUUUAUUGUUUACAUAUAUAUAUAUAUAUAUAUAUAUAUAUAUAUAUUAAACAACGACACCAACAGCUAAAAAAUAUGGAAAAUGUCAGCAUUUUUUUAUAAUGACAUCUAUCGAUUUAUUAUUGGAUUAAAUCAAGAAACAGAGAAAAUAAGUUGGAAAAAACCAUUCAGUAAAUAAAUAUUAGCCUACUAAUUUAAUAUGAUGUAACACCUCUUCGGAUUGGCUGACAGUGUGUUGUAUAUCAGCUCAUAGACAUAAUUUUGUCAUGUGAUCAUGAGGUCAUCAACAUUUUUCACGAUUUAUUCAGGCUUGAAAUGGAAUUUAGAAUUAAAUUAUAAAGAAUGACUAAUAUUUUUUCUGUUUAUUCGAAAGAACAAAAAAAAUCUAGUGCACACUUAAAAAUAACCUGCUAUGCUUGUUAUUCAGUGUGCACCAAAUUUUUGAUGUUAUUUCUUCAUAGACAGAAAAAUAUUACAGUGAUUUCCACGACUACAUGCUGAUACAGCUUGACACAGAAUAUUAAAUUUUGUGCAUUUUGUACCUUGUUGCUUAUUUAUUGCAAUUCUUUUAUGUUAUAUCAUUUGCUUUUUAUGAACUGUUUUAAUAAACUGAUCAUUUAUACUGUU